UGGUCCAAGUCUACGCACUGACAGCCGGAUUGCAGAUUGCACGAUUUCUCUAUGACAUCGUAGUAGCGAGGAGAGAAGGCCUUGAUUGUUCGUUACGGGUAGGUAAGAUAGCAAGUAGAGAGAUCAUAGUAGUAGACAGCCGCAUGGGACAGACAUUAUCAUGAGAGCAGGCCACAUAGAGGCAUGAUAAAAAUACAAAUUCACUGUUUCACGCCAUCCCUAGACUUUGCAGCGCCUCCAGCCGCUCCUCCAGACCCUUGCCGAGCCCCUGCCGCUCCCACUCCCCACCGACAUCAUCAAUCGUGCGGUCCUCGUCCACACCGAACACGAAAUUCCGCAGCGACGGGGCCCCGCUCCCUCCGUGCGCGGAGCCCGCGAGCGUCUCCGGCGCAGACGCAAGGGACACACCGGAGAUGUGCUGCGGCAAGUUGGAGGGCGAGGUCAGCGCCGAGAGCGGCUGCGUCGAAGUCGGCACGGACGAGAGUAGGUCCGUGUAGGACACAAACGACAGCCGCUUGCUCGCCUGGGCCUGUCUCGUCGCUCCCAGUACACCCUCCGCCGGAUCGGAAAACUGCCUCGCGGUCGGAGGAGCGGAAUUCGGUGGGGAGGAUGACGUCGGAGAACUGGUCGCAGCCGGCGGCGAGGAAGACGGAGGGAUGCUCAGUAGUAGGGAAGUCGCGUUGCCCGCGUUCAGACUAGGGCUCGGACUGCGCGACCUCGAUCCGAUCGGAGAUAUGAAACCGCUUGUCCGACGGCCCAGAGUAUUCUGGUCGAAAAGACCGCCGGCAGGAAGGGGGGCUGGAGCGACGACGGCGAUCGAGUCGCCUUCCUCCGUCGAUACCAUGGAGGUGAGGAUCGACGCUGCGCUAUCGAGCACAGAGGGCACAGACUGUUCGAUCGUUUCCGUGUUCUUGGAGCGGGGCAUCCGAUGGGGGUCUUUCUUGGCUGAGAGCGACGGCGAAAGGGAGAGGUGGGCAGGCUCGAUGUCCCGCUCAAAUAUGGCCGAUGAGGACGAAUGACUGCCGGACGCGUGAGAAAGACGUAUGAUGCGAGAAGCAUGUCAAAGGUGGUCCACACGACCUCGCGCAUCGCGAGGUGUGCUUAAGAACCCGAAACGGCAUCCGGGUGUCCCGGUCCUUGGAGAUAUGGCAACCAUGCAGCAAAGCCACAGAGGACCCGGAGACUCCUGCCCGUGCCAGUUUAUCCGGAGCUUCCGGGGCCCUGACACUACGAAGGGACCGCGGGGUAUAUGCCACUCAGAAGGGAGAGUAGGAAGCCGGGGAAGAAGACAAGACUACUGGAAGAGAGAACAGAGCGACUUACACAGAUGUAGGGCUGGAGGGAAU